GCGAUGACCUCAGCCUCGGCAUUACCCGAGCUCCGCCUUCCCCAAUUGGCCAACUGCAACAUUUCCCGACUUCGCAUAAUCCUCCAACUAUGUUACCAACACCCUCGACGUCCCACGUCUGCUUCGACCGCGUAUACGAGCCGGCGGAAGACUCGUACCUACUUCUAGACACACUCUCGUCGCCCUCAGAAACUUCCUUUCUACAGGACCGAUUCAAACAUGCGAAUUCUUCCCCACCGUUGGUGCUCGAAGUGGGCGUCGGCUCGGGCGUCGUCCUAGCUUUCGUUGCUGCGAAUACGCAAAGCAUAUUUGGUCGACAAGAUACUCUGACACUAGGGACUGAUAUCAACAGCUUCGCAUGCCGAGCAGCUUCGCAAACAGUUCGAGAUGCGAUCAAGGAAAGGGAGAACGGACGCUCUGUCUUUUUGGACGUCGUGAAUGGCGAUUUGGGUUCUGCCAUUCGGCCGCACUCUAUCGAUGUGUUCAUUUUCAACCCGCCUUAUGUACCCGCCGAGCUCCCCGACCUAUCCCGCCAUGAAUACUACAACACGAUUGCGGAAGGCAAAAAGGCUACUUCAUUCCAACAGGACUCUUAUUUAUUGCAGCUGUCAUACGCGGGAGGUGAAGAUGGCAUGGUGGUGACGAACAGAAUGCUGGAACAGGUACCGGAAAUCCUGAGCGAUGAAAGAGGAGUUGCAUACGUGCUAUUGUGCGCACAGAACAAACCAGAGGUGGUGAAGGCUCGUAUUAGAGAUUGGGGCUCUGGUUGGAACGCGGAGACAGUGGGAUCGAGUGGGAACAAAGCAGGCUGGGAGAAGCUGGUGAUUGUGAGGAUAUGGAAGAGCGCAGACUGAGGCGCUGGCAUCCUACUUGGCAGUCGUUAUAUUGGGGGCUACAAGAAGAUGAUUGUCCGGUUCACGCGAUGGCACUGAACUUUACGUCCAGGUCCACCAGAGCUGUCUUUCCUCCCAUACGCUUCAACAACCCGCGGGCCACGAGACUCAUGCUGUUAACCAACCGAUCUGCCGUUGGCCUCGUGUUCGGAGAAUGACUUAAACACCGUGUCAUCCACGCAUUCAGCUCAUCACUGUAUUGGUGAUUAUCGGGACCGAUGCCUCGUAGCCUCUGCUGCUCCCUG